AAGGUUGACAUAGGAGUAUAUUGUCCAAUUUCCAGAGUUCCCCGUUACGAUUGAAAUUGUGUACGUUGUUGAUGAUGAAAUGAAUCGCGAGUCUUUCUUCUUUUCCUUUUCUGGUUUUUCCCUAUUCUGACAUUGACACAAACCAAACCCAUUCCUUUGAGAGCGACAGAGAGAUCGUUCUUCCUUCGAUAAUCACAAUUAGGGCACAAUUUCUUGGGUGAUUGAUUUCUCCUGUUUCCGUCCACGCAUUCUCUUUUAAUUGAAGAAAUUCAACUGUUUUCGAUCGCAAAGGGAAUUUGCAAAAAAUUAGGGUUUUGUUUGAACUUUGGUAUUGGAUUAGAUAAGGGGUUUUGGGAAAUCAGAUGAAGGAACCGUUGAAUCGAACCAAAGUAGUUGUUAGGCACUUGCCCCCUUCUCUUUCUCAGUCUUCCUUUUUCGACCAAAUCGAUGGCCGUUUCUCUUCUCGCUACAAUUGGUCCUCUUUUCGCUGCGGCAAGUCGAGUCACAAGAACCAGAGGUAUUCACGGGCAUAUGUGAACUUCAAUAGUCCUGAUGAUGUUUUCGAGUUCGCUGAGUUCUUUAAUGGCCAUGUAUUUGUCAAUGAAAAGGGGACACAAUAUAAAGCAAUAGUGGAGUAUGCUCCUUCUCAACGUGUUCCUAAGCCUAAUGCCAAGAAAGAUGGUCGAGAAGGGACUAUAUACAAAGAUCCUGAGUAUGUAGAGUUCCUUGAGCAGAUUUCCAAACCUGUUGAGAAUCUUCCUAGUGCUGAUGUACAACUGGAAAGAAAAGAAGCUGAGCGAGUUGGUGUUCAAGAAGCACCUAUUGUUACACCGCUCAUGGAAUAUGUGCGAAAAAGGAGAGCUUCAAAGAGUGGCCACCAGCAUUUAGGGUCUGAUGGAAAGAGUGGUGGAAGGUCUGGGUUAGCUGCAGGGAAGUCUCGUUCAAGCAAGCAAAACUCUGAAAAGAAAAAGUAUAUCUUGAAAAACAAUGCGAAGAGCACAAAUGGGAAAGACAAAUCAACAUAUAUUCUCGUGACUCAGAGAGAGAACGAAUAUGAGGCUUCAAGAAAAAAAGAAGUACCAGAGAAUGAAACUGGAGGUGGUUCGUAUGAUAUUCCAAAGAAAAGGAUUCUGCUUUUGAAAGGGAAAGAGCAAGAGAUUUCUCAGGCUUCUGAAGGCACAACACUGCCCAAGAUUGUCACUUCACCUGCCGAAGCUUCAUCUCCUUCAGUUGGUUCGAAAUCGAAUCAGAGGCCUGAUGCUACUGGAAGAAUUAUUAGAAGCAUAUUAUUGAGCAAGGAACCUCGUUCUAGUCAGUCAUCCUCAUCUGUUCAGGCAGAGCAGAAAGUGCAGGGCUCCAAUGCAGAGAGGACAAGACGACCACCAAGACCGUCUAAUAUGAAAGCAGGAGGGCCAGCUUUUGCAGUUGAACAGUCACCUUCUGGUUCAGAAUAUGUGGGAAAGAGGUCAUUGGAGGAAAAAUCUUCUGGAAGGGAACUCCAUGGUUUUAGUGCCGGUCGUGAGAAACAAGACAGACGCACAAGGAGUAGGGAGAGACUUGAUCGCGGUGUCUGGACUCCUCGUCGAUCUGAUUCUUCUCAUACUGUCGAUGAGAAUCAAAGUAAUUUAGAUUCUUAUGAAGGUAAACGUGGAGAAUCGAAAUAUGAUGCAUCUAGCCGUAAUGUGGAAGCCACAUCUUCUGCAGGUGGCCGCAACAACUCAUAUUCAGAAAACGGUUCCUAUAGGAGUUUUGGUCGCCGUAAUCCUACACAUAAUGUUAAGGAUGAUGGCCCUCCCAAAAGAGCUGCAGUUAGUCAUGGUCUUCAUGAGAAGCAAGUGUGGGUGCAGAAGUCAGCCUCAGGCUCUUGAGCAUGCUUCUGCAUGGUUUUACAAUCACCCGACUGAUUAAUGUGACGAGGUCCUGGUGGAAUAGGGAUUAUCAUCUUUUGUGAAUAGUCUGGCUAGCUGUUGGAACUGAUGGCAUUUUGGCUGUGAGAGCUGUGUCUAUCAAUCACCGGAAGAGGUCUUCUAGAAUAGUAGUUUUGAAGAGGACUUCAACUGUUUUUGGGUACUUCAAAGAAGGGGUUGGUUGCCGCUCGGUUGGAGAUGCAGAACUCCUUGCAAAAUGAGAUGAACAAAUAUUUGAGAAUAAACCUUAAUAUCAAAAUGUCGGCUGUUAGGCGGCACAUUAUAGUAGACCUCUCUGUUGCAGGUUUCCGUUAGUGUGGAGGAACUCCAGAUAUUGUGUUGAACCACAAUCAUGACCGACAGUGACACCUGCUCGGAUUGUAUAGAGCAUGGUCUUUGACGAGUAAAGAUUGACUGGUUAAUACUGUAUAUAAUCUGGAAUAUCGACAUUAAGGUGUGCAGCAAAUGGUCUUUCAGUUCGACAUCCUGGUAGGAUUUCGUUUUGGUGUUUUGUGUUGGUGCUUAUAAAACUUGUAUUUACGCCUUUUGGGUGGUGAAAAUAUUAUGCAUAUGCUGCUACUUUAAAGCUUACUUCAGAUUUGUGGAAAUUGGAUGUUAGUUAGGUUAUUGGUUAAUGGUUAAUGGUUAUGCUUGUGUUGACAAAGCAGCUAUAGUUCAAAUACAGAUUAAUGAUGUUUUUUAAAUGUCAUGUUCGGUUGUUGUUAAUCAUCAAGAAAAGAGGUUUCUUUUCCAACA